GAGCGCGCGCCUUUCACGCCCCGCCGUUCACUACUACAGAGGUUUUGCAGCGCGCGCCGUCACGGAGUUUUUUUCUCUUUAACGCGCCGUUUUGUCUUCGAAUCUGUUGCUGUUGGACCCUGAGGUGUGUCCCCGUGUCUCCUGCUGUCUCCUGCACUUCUACCACACCGGUUAGAUUCAUCCUCCUACUCCAGUGUCAGCCAUGUUGGUGAUUUUGGCUUUCAUCAUCCUCUUUCACAUUAUCUCAGCGAUACUGCUUUUCAUAGCGACUAUCCACAAUGCUUGGUGGUUUACAACAAAUGGAAACUUCUACACUGAUCUGUGGCACAUCUGCAACAUCACUUGUGAAGAGAUUCCAAAGAGUGCAACCAGUGAUGCAGGUUAUCUUCAGACCGUGCAGGCUACCAUGAUUCUAGCCACCAUGCUGUGCUGUGUGGACUUAUUCGUCUUCAUUCUUCAGCUUUUCCGUUUAAAGCAGGGAGAAAGAUUCGUCUUCACGGCCGUCAUUCAGCUCUUGUCUGCGUUGUGUGUGCUGAUCGCGGUGUUGGUCUACAUGGCCGAGCGGAAGUCUUUCCAAAAUCCAAACAUUUGGGAAGGAAACUACGGCUACUCCUUUGUUCUCGCUUGGGUGGCUUUCCCAAUGACCUUCAUCAGCGGCAUCAUGUAUUUAGUGCUGCGUAAGCGCAAGUAGACGCCUUACAACAGCCCACCUCAACCGACCUUCGCCGUCGGAAUUUAUUGUAAAUAUUGUCCUUUUUUUUAAUAUGGAGAUCCAAAACAUUGUCAAAACAUAACAUUUAAAAAAAAAAUUAAAUACAAAAAAAAUAAAGAAUAAUGUUAAACAUUUAAUACUGGAAAUGAAUAUUUUUCUGUGCUAUGCAAUUUUAACCCUUUAUGUUUUUUUGUUCUAAAUUGUUUUUAUUUUUGGACAAGACAAAUUAGAAGUAGAAAAACCACUAUUUAGGUUUUUUUUUCCAAAAUGUUAUUUAAAAAACAAACAAACAAACACUAUAUAGUAUAAAUUUGGCUUAAUAAAAUAAUUAAUCAACAAAUCAGAUUUAAAAAAAAAAAAAAAAAGAUGCUGCCAAAUAUUUCGAGCACUACAUCAUACUUGAAGCUGAACAAAAGCAAGGCUGGAUGUGACGCCUUUUUUUGUGAAUCUAUUUCUUAAUUCAGAGUAUUUCUUCUGUAAACUAAGGUUGUAGUUAUAUUGCAUGUUUUAUUUUACCUGCAUUUAGCUUAUUAGAUAUUCUAGGUAACAUGAAUUAUAGUUCAUUAGACAUUGUAAUAAGUUUUGAGUGAUUGGGGAUUGAAAAUGAGUUUUGUGGGUUUGUUUUUCUUUCAUUCUUAUGUUUUUUGAUGUUUUGAAAUGCUUCAAAUAAUUUAGGAGACAUUUAUUUAUGUUUUUUUUGUAAUGAAGUAUUAUUUCAUCAAGCUUGAAUAUGUUUGUUUUACUGAAGGCUCUUCUUAAAAAAAUGGAGUGAAAUCAUAAUGGCAGCUUUUUUCUUUUUUUAAUCUUUUGCUUAUUUUUUUUUGUUUUAAGAUCUGUCCAGUUGCCUGUAUUUUGUUUAGUCAGUGACUGAACCCAUCCAAGGGCUCAUUUUCUGCAUUUCUGAAGUUCAAAUAAAUGUAUUUUUACUUUAAA